AAGAAAAGACAGCUCGAUACAAACGAACUCGUCCGGCCUCUUCCUCCGGCGGUACCAGUAAACCCUCGGCCGUCUUCCUCCCGUUCGCCGGCACCACCUCACGUCGCCAUGGCCGGCGGCGGCGACCACCCGGGCGCCAAAAAGCGGAAGCGCGUGGCGGCGGGGAGGCCCGAGGCGCCGUCCAAGCGGGCCAAGGGGAAGAAGCCCUACGAAGCCCCCGCGGCGCGCGGCGGCGGCGGGUCCAAGGAGGAGCCGCAGCCCGUCACCGCCAUGGACGAGCGGGUCGCAGCCGAGGAAAUGUCCGAGUCGAGGAAGCUCGAUAACAACCUCGUGAAGGAACUCACAAUGCUAUGUGUAAAGAUGAAAUACCAUAACACGACAACGAUCAGGAGAUGCAGGCUAGUUACCGAGGCUCUCCGUAAAAUGGAUGGGAAAUAUUUAGAAAUUGCUAGAUCCCCUACCGCAUGCGUUCUUCAAUCAUGCGUGAAGUGGUGCUCACAGUCAGAGAGGGAUCCUGUUUUUGUUGCACUGCAGCCACAUCUGCUCGAUCUUUCUUGCGAUAAAUACUCUUGUUUCCUUGUGAAUUAUAUCAUAAAAGGGGCGAGUAAAGAACAGUUUGCCUUGUUCAUCUCUUCCCUUCAUGGUCAUGUCGCUUCUCUACUGUUUCACACAAUAGGAGUGUCAGUUGUUAAUUGCGCCUUUCGUCUGGCGACACUGCCUCAGAAAAGAAGUUUGUUGUUGGAAUUGUACUCCACCGAGUUUCAGCUGUUCAAGGACCUGACUGAACAAAAAUCAUGCAGUUUGUUAGAAACAAUUUCCAAGCUUGGGCUACAGAAAUCAUCUGUCCUGCAGCAUAUGGCUACUGUUAUCCAGACAGUUCUGGAAAAGGGUAUUGUUGAGUAUUCCAUAGUACACAUGGUCAUAUUGGAGUACUUAAUAAUAGCGGACAAGACAUCAGCCUUGGACAUGAUUCAUCAGUUAGUCCCCCAUCUUACUAGGGGGACAUAUGCCGUACAUGAACUAUCAGGUCUCAAUAGAUUAUCAACGAAAUCAAAAGAGAAGGAGAAAAGAUCUUCGGAACCACUUCUCAUUCGGAUCAUGCAGACGAAGGAAGGAUUAAAAUUAGGGCUUGUUUGCCUCAAGCAUGGCCGUGAGAAGGAUAGGAAGAGGAUUAGCAAAUGCUUGAAGGGGCAGAUUAUGAAGCUUGCUCUCAAUGGUUAUGGAUGCCUUUUCGUUAUUUGUCUUCUCUCCAUUGUUGAUGACACAGAACUUUAUACUGAGGUUGUAGAUGAGCUGACAAAGCAGUUAAAGGAACUCAUAUUUGACAAGAACGGGAGACGCCCAUUGCUGCAGCUAUUUCACCCACUUUGCUCACGUUAUCUGACUCCGUCUGAUUUGGUUUUUCUGAAUUACAACGUGCCUUCCCUUGUUUCAAAGGUUAACUUGGAUAGUAAGUUGGAUGAUGUAGCUGAUAAAGAACACGGGGGUUCAGAAGACACACUGGUUGCAUCUGAUAGCAAGGACCUGAUUAAACGGCAGCAAGAACUGUUGGUGAAAAGCGAGCUUUAUGAGGUUCUCAUUGAGACUUGCAUUGAAAAUGUUGGAGAGUUACUUAGAACAAACUUUGGGAAAGAUGUACUAUAUGAGGUUGCUGUAGGUGGAAAAAAUAACUUCUUGGAGGGGGUCACUGACAGGAUCCACGUACUUCACAAUGCUAUAGCUUGUGACGCAGCGCGCCCGAGGACAGAUUAUAUUGAUGAGCACGCCUUUGAUAACUACCACUCCAGCCCCAUAAUCAGAAGAAUGAUAUUUGAUUGUCCUGCAUUUGCUGCUACCCUCUGGAAAAAAGCCCUCCAAGGGAAAUGCAAGUUAUAUGCAGAUGGAUUCAGCUCUAGGGUGGUGGCUGCCUAUCUGGAAUCUCCAGAUUCCAGGGUGAAGGAUCUUGCGAAAUCCGAGUUGCAACCGCUCAUCGACGGUGGCAUACUGAAGCCUCAGGAACAUAAAGCAGAGGAGGAGAAGUCUGCCAUGGAGUGUAGUUCCGACGAGUGGUCAGAGCCAAAGGAUACAGAUAUUGGCGACUAUGCUAAAAAAGCAUACAUGGAUAUGAAGUCUGGCAAGCUUGUGGUGAGGUUUGGCACUGACAGGUUUACAUGCCCGUUCUGCCCCCGGAAGAAGAAGCAGGAAUACCGUUACAGUGGUCUGCUUGCUCACGCUAUUAGCCAAUCAUCCUACCAUGCUGCAAAGGUGAAGGCAAACCACCAGGCCCUGGUUAAUCAUCUCGAGACGGACCAUGCCGAUGCAGCAACCUCAUCCUCAAUGCCUGUACGACACAAACUGAUGUUGCUCUAAUUCUGAAUCAGAUUUGCACUGAUGUUUCGCCAUGGACAAAUCGUCAAUCUCUGGUGUUGCACCUGUUUUCUUUCCCUUUGGGCACUGAUGCAUACAUGAAUGGUGAUGGUGCGAUUAGCCUUGCUUUUUUUCUCUA